UGCGAAAUGAAAAAAAUAACGGUCGAAAAUAAAUUUCAAGGGGAAAAAAAUACAUUUUGCUUUAUAAACUCCAUGUGGAUAAUGCAAAGAACGAUUAGGCUAGCGGCGACACGAUGACGUUUAGACAGUCCGGACAGGCCUGCAAGCUAUAGGCCAGUACGGGAGUAAAAUGUUUGGAGUUUAAUUUGUUUUAACUUUCAACCGCCGAAUUUGUACUGUAGAGUUAGUUAGGCGUAGGCUACCUCGUUCACAUCUCUCAUAGCCUACCUUUCUUUGCACAGAUUACUGUAGAAUGGGUGAACGACGCUACGAGGGCAAAGAGCAUGCAUACUCUUAUCAGAAAUACAGAGUGUCUCCGCUGGAGCUUGUGAAGGAAAUGUUAUCCUUUCUACAGAAAAGGCAGAAAACAAAGCCAUUUCCUCUUGCUCUGGAUGUGGGAUGUGGAUCGGGGCAGGGGACUGUGCUGUUGGCUCCUCACUUUCUCCAAGUGGUUGGCACAGAUAUCAGCCCUGCUAUGCUUGAGUUUGCCCAGGCUGGUGACCAUCCUCCUAAUGUCUCUUACAGGCAAUGCCCAGCAGAGCAGUUGCCCUUUGAGGACGGCACGGUAGAUCUGUUGACGUCCAUGACGGCCGCACACUGGUUCGACCGCCCUCGCUUCCUGCUGGAGGCCGACCGAGUCCUGAGGCCGGGGGGAUGCCUGGCCCUGAUCAGCUACACCAUGGACUUUGAGCUGGAGUGUGGCGAUCACAGCGGCCACCUCAAUGCCAUCUGUCAGGAGUUCUAUGCUGCUCUACGACCACACCGCAUACCUCAUCUGGGUACCAGUUCUCUGAUGCUUUACAAGCAGAUGUACGACUCCAUCUCUUAUGAAGAUAAGGAGUGGCAUGACUGUUUGCGGGUUCGGAGAAAGAUGCCCCUCGCCAGCUACAUCCACCUGGUAGAGACCUUCACCAGCUAUCAGGCCUUGCUGCAGAAGGAUCCCCAGGAAGCACAGACACUUUCUCAGGACAUCACAGACAAGUUAGUCUCUACUAUGGGUGUUUCAUCUCCUGAGACAGAAGUGACCGUGGUGGUAAAAUACUUCUAUCUGCUGGCCUGUAAACCAUCAACAAAGUGAAUGUUGUUAAAAAGCUAACAGUAAUACAGAACAUGUUGUGGUUACUUAGGUAUAACAUAGUAACUAACACAUUCAAAUGGAAAACUGCCUAAUGUUUUUAUAGUCCAGCUAAAGAAAACCUGAUAACACUGGUUAAGGUAGCCUAAUCUGCAAGUAAUGUGUGUUUGAUUUUAUUCUUUUUCUCUCUCUGGGUAUUGUGUUGUCAGAUGCAUUACAGCCAUUCCUUCUGUUUAACUGACCAAAAUAAUGUAACACACUGUUGUGCUGCCAUGACCAUUAGAUAGAUAGUUUCUGUUUUAAA